AUGGAAACAUUGGCGAAAGGUAUUAGUGACUUUAUUUACGACGCAGAUCGCGGACUAACAUUCGAUAAAUGGUACACACGGUACGAAGAAACUUUCAAUACCGAUGCAGCUAAAUUGGAUGACGCCGCUAAAGUUAGAUUACUUUUAAGGAAAUUGGAUCUACCGUCGUAUAAUAAAUAUGUCAACUACAUUCUUCCAAAGAAAGUCAAAGAUGUAACAUUUGCCGAUACAGUGAGUCAAUUGAAAUCUAUUCUUAGUCUUAAACAGUCAGUAUUUCACAAAAGAUACAACUGUCUUCAAAUAAAAAAAUCAGACUUCGAUGAUUUCGCCUCAUAUGCAGGCAUUGUAAAUAAAAAUUGCGAGGAUAUUGAAUAUAAUCAAUUGGACAUCGAACAGUUCAAAUGCCUAAUUUUCAUAAGUGGACUAAACGCACCAAAGUAUUAUGAAAUUCGUGCUAGACUGUUACAAUUAAUGGAUAAACAAUCCCCUAAUUCACCAGUUGAUAUUCGCAAACUCGUAGAAGAAUGCCAAACUUUCACUUCAUUAAAAGAAGAUGCAGCCAUGAUACAACAGUGCAGUUCAGCAAAAUCAUCAAUUAAUAAAGUUUCGAACGAUAAAUUAGCAAAAUUUGGCGAGGAAAAAUUUCAAGAAACCCGCAACAAAAGAUCGUCUGCUUCCAAGUUUGACAAAAAGAAAAGCGCAAAGCUUGGUGAAUCAUCGCCAAAUCCACGUAAUGAUAAUCCAAUUAUGCCAAAAUAUCCUUGUUGGUUUUGUGGUGAAAUGCAUUUUGCAAAGAAUUGUAAUUAUUCAAAACAUCAUUGCCAAAAAUGUCACAGAAUCGGGCAUAAAGAUGGAUAUUGUAACAGCGGACGCCAAGCUACUGCGGCUGGACGGAAGAAGAAAGGGAAGUAUUUUUCGCCUAAUACAGAAGCAGUUUUUGCCAUAAAUGAAAUUUCGGUUGAAGAUAAAAGAAAAUACAUUUCCGUGCAAAUAAAUCAUGAAAUGGUCAAACUUCAAUUCGAUACAGCUUCUGACAUUACUAUUAUUUCCGAAGAUACGUGGAAACAAAUAGGAAAACCAACGGCGAACAAAACAAAAUUUUCCGCCAACAGUGCAUCUGGAAAUCUCGUAAAGUUAACCCAUAAAUUUGACUGUCAAAUAACAAUAAAUGACACUACGAAGACUGGGACUUGUUUCGUAACAGAAGUACAAAAUCUUAAUUUAUUUGGAAUUCAGUGGAUCGAACUGUUUGAUUUGUGGGACGUUCCGAUUUCAAGUAUAUGUUGCAGUGUUCGCUCAGUUCCGGACAUUAAUUUUACCCCACAACUUAUGAAGGAAUUUCCUGCAGUAUUUUCAACAGAAUUAGGUCGCUGUACAAAAACAAAGGUGACACUACAAUUAAAGAAAAGUGUUCGACCAGUAUUCAGAAAUAAGAGACCAGUGUCCUAUGCCGCACUUCCCAAAAUUGAAGAAGAGUUAGAUCGGUUGGAAAAGUUAGGAAUAAUUUCGCCAAUUGAUUAUUCAGCAUGGGCAGCUCCUAUCGUAGUCGUCAAGAAGCCAAAUGGGAAAAUACGAAUAUGUGCUGAUUAUUCAACAGGACUGAAUGAUGCACUGGAAACGAACAAGCACCCGUUACCCGUUCCAGAUGAUAUUUUUGCAAACUUAGCUGGAAAUUGCAUUUUCAGUGUGAUAGAUUUAUCUGAAGCAUAUUUUCAAAUUGAAGUAGAUGAAGAUUCGGGUAAAUUGCUCACUAUAAACACUCAUAGAGGACUUUAUAAGUUUAACAGAUUACCCCUAGGAGUGAAACAAGCACCUGGAGAAUUUCAGAAAAUUAUUGAUGCAAUGAUUUCUGGACUUAAAAACACAAGUGCUUAUCUUGAUGACAUAAUGGUUGCAAGCAAAUCUGUUUCUGAGCAUAAAAAGCAAUUAAAUGAACUUUUUGGAAGACUUCAAGAUUACGGUUUUGUCGUUCGUCCAGAAAAAUGUCAACUAUUUUUACCGAAAAUUGAAUUUUUGGGUCACAUAAUUGAUGGCAACGGUCUCCAUCCAAAUCCAAAGAAAAUUCAAGCUAUUAAGGAAAUGCCUCCCCCAAAGAACAUUUCGGAAUUGAGAUCUGUAUUGGGAGCUAUAAAUUAUUAUGGAAAAUUCGUGCCCAGACUACAGAAAAUCAGACAACCAUUAGAUAAUCUGCUUCGGAAAGAUGUUGAGUGGAAAUGGACAAACAAAUGCGAGCGAGUUUUUGAAGAUAUAAAGAAAAUUUUGCUAAGUAACCUUCUUUUAACACACUACAACCCAGAAUUUCCAAUCAUUGUUGCAGCUGACGCUUCAUACACUGGAAUAGGAGCUACUAUUUAUCAUGAAUUUCCAGACGGUUCCAGAAAAGCUGUUUUCCACGCUUCAAGAACUUUGUCGGCUACAGAACAAAAAUACAGUCAGAUAGAAAAAGAAGGACUUGCAUUAAUAUUUGCAGUAACAAAAUUCCAUAAGAUGAUAUACGGGAGAGAAUUUACCCUAGAAACUGACCACCAACCUCUCUUACGCAUCUUUGGAUCACCAAAAGGCAUUCCAACUCAUACUGCAAACAGACUUCAAAGAUGGGCUUGCACAUUAUUGGCCUACAAUUUCAAAAUUAGAUAUAUUUCCACGGAUUCUUUCGGCUACGCGGACAUUUUAUCAAGACUAAUUAAUUCAAAAAUUCAACCCGAGGAAGAAAUUGUCAUCGCUUCAGUUCAUUUGGAAACAACAGUAAAUCAAAUUUUGGAUAACUCAGUUGAAGCAGUGAACAUAACAAACAAGCUUAUUCAGGCUGAAAUUAAAAAAGAUAAAAUAGCUCAACAAGUAAUAGAAUUUCUUGAACAUGGUUGGCCUUCUCAGAAAAAUAAAAUUCCAGAAGAAUUGAAACCAUAUUUUAACAGAAGAGAGUCCCUCUCAGUUGUAAAAGGAUGCCUAAUGUUAGGUGAACGCGUCUUUAUUCCAGAGAAAUUCCGAUGCAGAAUUCUAAAAGAGCUGCAUAAUGGACAUCCUGGAAUGGAACGCAUGAAAUCAUAUGCUAGAAGUUAUGUAUUUUGGCCUUCUUUGGAUAAAGACAUCGAAAAUUACGUUAAGAGAUGUCAUCCAUGCCAAAUUUCUAGAAAGUCACCCACCAAAACAUUACUGCAUUCUUGGCCAUUAGCAAAAGAACCAUUUGAAAGAGUACACGUCGAUUAUGCAGGGCCUAUAGAAGGUUAUUAUUUCCUGCUUAUUAUCGAUGCACAUAGCAAAUGGCCAGAAAUUUUUACGACAAAAUCUAUUUCUGCACCGGCAACUGUAAAAUUUAUGGAAGAAACUUGUGCCAGAUAUGGAGUACCGAAAACAAUAGUCUCUGACAACGGUAAACAGUUCACCAGUCAUCUUUUUGAUCAUUUUUGUAAACAAAAUGGUAUCCAGCAAAGUACAACACCUCCUUAUCAUCCUCAAUCAAAUGGACAAGCAGAGAGAUUUGUAGACACUUUCAAAAGAGGAAUUAAGAAAAUUCAACAAGGAGGAGACCUUCAAUCAGCUGUAAAUACAUUUUUGUUCACUUACCGGUAUACACCAAAUAAAUACAUUGGAAACAAAUCACCGGCCGAGUUGAUGCUGGGAAGAAAAUUAAGAACUGUCCUGGACUUGGUUCGUCCAUCUGAAAAUACAGCUGCCAGGAUCAAUGAAAAGCAAAAUUCUCAAUUUAACAGGCACCAUGGAGCAGAAAAUAGAAACUUCAAGGAAGGCGAUUUAGUAUAUGCUAAAGUGUACCUAAAUAAUACCUGGAAAUGGGAACCAGGGAAAAUAAUCGAACGUAAAGGGAAUGUACUUUACAACGUAUUUCUCGAAUUAAAUGACAUAGUACGACUCAUCCGUUCCCAUGCUAAUCAGCUACGCCUCCGGUAUGACGACACAGUAACACGUUCUAACUCCAAGGUCUUAACUGAAGAGUUCAGAACAACCGAACGGCCUGAUCAGGAAACGUGGUUCAAUUUCGUUACUGCCGACCGAUCAGAAAUCGAUGAAUCUCUCCUGAAUGAGUUUUCUUCCUCAUCUGAUGCCGGGAGAGCUGAUCCAUCUGUAGCGGCAGUACCGAACAGAGUCAGACCACAAAGAGCCAGAAAACUGCCUCAAAAAUACAAGGACUUCGUCAUGUCCUAA